CCUCACAAACCCAACUACCAAAACUCCCCAAUGUUAACUCGACGGAGGAAGGAGGAUGAGAGAAGAAACUGGAAGGAGUUGAACACAGACUGUCUGGUGAUGGUGCUGGAGAGGGUGGGAAUGGAGUCUCUGAUAUUGGAUGUUCCCUUUGUCUGCAAGUCUUGGUACAGAGCUUCUCUCAAUCCUCAAUGUUGGAAAACACUUCUUUUCCCUGUUAGACUCUACGACUUCCACUUAUAUCCAAGGAUGACUUGGCCCCAUAAAUUUAUAGGAAGGUUCAUGAACGUAUAUCAACUCCAGAAAUUUUCUGUUGAAGGCUUUGUUAAACUAAUUGUGACCCGAAGUCGUAGAUCUUGUGUCAAUAUAUUGCUUCCUAGUGAAUGUACCUCAGAGCUUUUGGAGUUCAUAUCAAACGAGUGUCCUGCAUUGAAAGCCUUAGUCUUGCCUUUUGAUCUGAUGAUUGAUGAGGGCAAGGUUAUCUCAAAACUGGUAAGUAAAUGGAAGGAUUUGGAGCAGUUGCACUUGGGAAGCACUCUAUUUUCUUUCGAGGAAAUUCUCACAGAAGUAAGUCUCAACUGCAAGAACUUUAAUGGGCUAUCUGUAAACGGUUUUGUUUGGAAUGAAGAAGCAUCAACUAUUGCAACUUUACUUCCAAAGAUUAAGUAUUUGCGUCUGAGGAUGAGGGCUUCAGUGCCAUGUGAGAGUCUGAAGAUAAUAAGGGAGGGUUGUAAAGAGUUGGUGCUACUGGAUGCAAUGGAAUAUUGCAUUGGUUUUCAAGGUAAAAAUGAAGAGAUAUUUAAGAUGGCUUCUCACAUCGAGACCAUUGACUAUGAUGCUGAAGAGGAUUUUUACAUUGAGCAUAUCACGGAUUAUGCCUCUGAUGGUUCCUUUGAUGGUGCCUCUGAUUGAUUGAAGUUGUAGGUUUAUUGAUCUUGUAUUUACCCUGUUCCUCCUCUAUUUUGUGUUAGCUAGUUUCUAGCCUUCUUGGUUUUCUGAAUGUUGUUGAUGACCUGAACUUUAAGAGACUCUAUUGAAGUGGACACCAUUGUUUGUUUUGUUUGGAGUGGAGAGACUCUACACAGGCAGUUUUUCGU